GCUUCAUACUGUCGAAUUGAACUGCAUAGUUCACACUAUCACCACACAUGUUACACCUCAUUGUGGCUCAUUGCACACGCUUUGACAGGUAUGAUUUCCAAUCUUUCCUUUGAAUUUUGCUAUCUCUUUGAUCCUUUGAUUAUCAUGAUACUUGAGCCACUCGGACUCGUACUUGGGCUGUCUCUUGAUUCUAUUAGCUGGUCUUUUCUGUUCUACACAACUUUAUCUACCUUGAUCGUACUUUUCCCCCUCAGACUCUCGCAUAGUUAUCGUUGCGUGUGUCGUAGCAGACUUACACUACAGAGAAAUUCAUGUCGAAACGCACCGCAUCCAGCGAUAUUGAACAGUACACCAAAGCGCAUUAGAACUGAUCAAGAUUCUUCCGUGUCCACGUCUGCAUCGAGGGUGGACAGGCGCUUGUCGAGCACACGUAGACGAGCCACUGAACCGAAAAAUCUGUAUAUCGGCACGGAAGCAGAUGAAGGGGAUGAAGAUGAGGACAAGGACAAGGACGUAGAUAGCCAGUCUGUGAGGUUGCCAAAUGUUACACGCUUACCAGAGUUGUCGCCAAAAGCUGGGCUUGCCGCAGCCAUUGAUAACAUCACGAUGAGUUGUCUCCAGCUCGUCGGCUUCCAUCACAAAUCCUAGCUCGUUGCCGUGUAUUGAUCAGGCAGGCAGGUAACCAUCAGUCGAGCGUCGAUCCCGGCUCAUCGACUCCCGAACCCAGCUCAAAAUUCA